UGUGACGUGCAUUUUAAGUAAGCACGUAAACUUGAAAGCUGGAGUAGGAGCGGCACGGUACGUCUCCGGACGGAAUAGAGUAAACAAUGCUGGUUAUGGACCUAAUUCGGAUGAGGGUGCUCCUGGUGUUGUGCGUGAGCCCGCUUUGGGCCGAAGUGAUCCACUUGAACAACAUGUAUGGAACGCUCCACUCGCCGAACUUUCCCGAAACCUACCCGAAGGACUCGGACGUGCAGUGGAAUAUUAGUGUACCCGAUGGGUAUCAGAUCAAACUAUACUUUAUGCACUUCGACCUAGAGCCCUCUUACCUCUGUGAGUACGACUAUGUCAAGGUGAUGUCAGAGCAGGAGGAGAUGUUGGUGUUCUGUGGAAGGGAGAGCACAGACACUGAGCAGGUUCCUGGUGAUGAUGUCAUCAUGUCACCAGGGAGCAUGCUCAGUGUUGCGUUUCGCUCGGAUUUCUCCAACGAGGAACGCUACAGUGGAUUUGAGGCCCAUUACAGUGCUGUGGAUGUAGAUGAGUGCAGAGACAGGAAUGAUGAAGACCUUACCUGUGAUCAUGUCUGCCAUAACUACAUUGGUGGUUACUACUGCUCCUGUCGCUAUGGAUACCUGCUGCAUUCUGACAACAGGACCUGUAGAGUGGAGUGUAGCGAUAGUGUGUACUCAGAGAGGUCUGGGCUCAUCUCCAGUCCAGACUUUCCUCGGCCGUACGCGAAAAGCUCAGACUGCAUGUACCGCGUCGAGCUGGAGGAGGGCUUCCUCAUCACCCUGGACUUCGACGACACGUUCGACAUAGAGGACCACCCUGAGGUCACGUGCCCUUACGACCACGUUAAGAUUGAAGCAGGGCAGAAGGAGUUUGGUCCGUUCUGUGGGGAUCGGUCGCCAGGCAAGAUCCAGACAGGGAGUAACAAAGUCCGCAUCCUGUUUCACAGUGACAAUUCAGGAGAGAAUCUAGGCUGGAGACUAACCUAUUCCUCGACAGCUGUAAGCGAGUGUCCCGUUCCCAUGGUGCCCCAGCAUGGCCAACUGGAACCAGUGCAGUCUCAGUACUUCUUCAAAGACCACGUGGUGUUGACCUGCGACCCCGGAUACACACUCGGAAAGGACGGUGAAGAGCUGCAGCAUUAUCAGGUUGUGUGUCAGGAGGAUGGCACGUGGACAGAUGUUUUACCACUGUGUGAAAAGAUUGACUGUGGUCCUCCAGUAGACAUUCCUUUGGGUGAAGUGGUAUAUGAGAGCUCUGAUAACACCACUGUGUUUGGCUCCAGGAUCCAGUACAUCUGCAGGGACCCUCACAGACAGAACCCUUCUACAGUCAACAAGACGUAUACCUGUGGAGAAAGUGGACAGUGGGUCGGUGGUGAGCUCGGAACCAAAGUUCCCUCGUGUCUUCCAGCUUGUGGCGAACCAUCUCGGCCGUUCCCUUCCCUGCAGAAACGGAUUGUGGGUGGCCGGGGCGCCUCUCCGGGACACUUCCCCUGGCAGGUUCUCUUAUCUGUGGAGGACAUGUCCCGAGUACCUGAGGACCGCUGGUUUGGUAGCGGGGCGCUCCUGACCCCGUCCUGGGUCUUGACGGUCGCGCACGUUCUCCGGUCCCAGCGUAGGGACCCCGUCGUGGUCCCCGUGUUACCUGAGCACGUUCGGGUCCACCUGGGUCUGACGGACGUCCGUAACAAAGCCGUGGCCACCAACCGUUCGGUGGAGCACAUCGUCCUCCAUCCGGACUUUGACCCCCGCAACUACAACCACGAUAUCGCCCUGGUAAAGCUAAGCCGGGCGGUGGAACUUAACGAGCUGGUUCGACCCAUCUGUUUGCCCCCGCCGGCAGAGGACGGAAGCCCCCCCUCCCCUCAGCCCCGGACGCUUGGCCUGGUGGCCGGCUGGGGCAUCAGCGCGACCAACGCCUCCUCCUCAGACGGUGCGCUAACCUCCGAACCGGGCGUGACGGCGGAGCAGCUGCAGUACGUAAAACUACCGGUGGUCCCUCAGGAGGAGUGUGAAGACAGCUACUCCUCGAGAUCGAUGAACUACAACAUCACGCGCAACAUGUUUUGCGCGGGGUACUACGAGGGAGGUCAGGAUACCUGUCUGGGGGAUAGCGGCGGAGCUUUUGUGAUGGAGGAUCCAAACACAGGACGUUGGGUGGUGCAAGGGUUGGUGUCUUGGGGUGGACCGGAGGAGUGUGGUAGUCAGAGGGUGUAUGGGGUCUAUACUCGAGUGGCUAACUAUGUCCAGUGGCUACACACACACCUGGACACUGCCCCCUGGUGGUGAGGAAAGGGUAUGAAGGUAAAUUUAGUUGUGAUGUGACUGAACCGAAUGUCAUUCACUCCACUGUGCUCUGCACUCUCUCUCUCUCUCUCUCUCUCUCACUCUCUUCCCCUCUCUGUCUCCUUAUCUCAUCAAACUUGUUUUUCUCAGCACAGAUCCCUUCCAGUCAACACUUAUUUGUUUUGUAUUGCCACUUUCUGACUUGUCCAUUAAUUUGAGACCUACUCAUCCAUAUCACAAAGUCCAUCUGACUUUACACUCUAAUACGCAUUAGUGCACAUUCAUAUACUAUCUAAUUCUCUCUGCCCCUACUGCCUCUAUGCAGGGCUGUGCUUGGUCUAACGUGAAGCAUAUUAUGAAAUCUUUUGUAUUUCUAUUGUAUAUGUACACAUUUACUGUAAAAAUAGAAAACUAAAACUAAUUUCAAAUAAUGAAGCACACUGUAAGUGCUGUCUGAUCAGACCUGUUGUAGGACAGUCUGUGUAAUGUUUAAGGAUGACGCUAUUCGUUGUUAGAUGUUUGUGGCUCUCAGAUGUUUGAGUCAGUCCUUACUCCAGAUAUUCUCCAGUUAUUUGAAACUAUGCUAUUUGAAAUUAUAUUAUGUUAAACGCCUACUAUAAGCCAUAAGAAAGAGCACUUUACAAAGUAAAACUAUUUGUUUUUAAUUUGUUCUCAUAUAUCAGUUGUCCUUCUGAUACACUGUUGUAAAUUAAAAACAUUUAUACAUUUUUUACUGUUUGAAUUAUAAGCUUGUUAAGAAAAAUUAAAUAAAUAAAACAUAAACAGGCACCACGAUACUAA